AUGUUUAAUAUUACUUCAAAAAUUUUAACUUCAAAAAGUGGAUCAGAUUUGGCAGAACAUGCGAGAGCUUUAAUUUUUCAUUUUGAGAAUGGUGGUGCUCCUGUUAUGAUUGGUGGUGGCCAACUUGCCCAUACAAUAAUUGGAAUUGAUUACAAUCCUCGACUUGGUAAUUGCCAAUAUUUAGUGUUAGACCCCCAUUAUACUGGAACAGACAAUAUUGAUGAUAUUUUGGCUGGGGGUUGGUGUGGUUGGAAACCAGCAACAUUUUGGAGUAAAAAAGAUUUUUAUAAUUUACUUGUUGUAAUUAAUGGAGAAAAAAUUUGUUGUGAAAAUGUUAAAGAAUAA